AUGGCUUAUUUAGAAAUAAAGGAUGAGAUAUACGAUAAAAUUUUAGAGGAUUCACCUUCGUCUAGUAUAUAUAAUGAUCUGAAUAAUGAAGACGUACAAGAAAAUUACAAUGAUAUCUGUAAUAGUUUUAAUUUUGAAGAUAAAAAAUUUGUUGAUAGCAGCAAAGAACUCUGUAAAAAAAUUAUAAAAAAUUUAAAAUAUAUAAAAAAUCAGAAAGAUGGGAAGCAUAAUGAACGUUGUAUGCACUAUCAGUAAAUGUUCAAAAAUAAAUCAGAUUAUCAGCAUGUGUAUGAUGUAGUAAAGAAAUUUUCUGACAUAGAAAGUAAAAUUAAUAAAAAAUACGAUCACUAUGGUUGUUAUUAUUUCCAUCAUAAAGACUUUAAAGAGUUAGAAGAUAAAAUGGAAGAGAAAUAUUUGCAUGAUUAUUUUAAAAAUCAUGUGAGUAUUAAGACAAAAAAGAUAUGUGAAGAAGUUAAGUUAGAAGAAUAUAAAAAAUAUAUGAAUUCUAUUAAAAAUUUUAUUUACAAAAAAUACACGGAAACAGACAAUUGUUGUUUAUAUGGAGACUGUCCUAGCUAUAUUAAUUAUGAUGAUUAGUAUAACUUUGAUAAACUAAUAUCUAAAUUGACAUCUGAUAGUCUCGAAUCAUGCAAUAAUUUAGAAAAAGAAGAUAAUUCUUUGAAAUCUGGAAAUCAAGCUGCUUCCGGUAGCUCCAAUGAAAAUGAUCACCCCCCGUUUUAUUUUAUGAAGUGUAAAUUUGAGGAAGACAGUAUAUAUACAGGGUGUAGUCUCGUUAAAAUUUACCUCGAAGAUACUGGUAAAUCAGUUAACAAUGGAACAAAUGGGAAAAAUCCCGAAAAAAAAAACAUAAGAUGGAAGUUAGAUACAAGAAUAAUACCUUAUAAAUCUAAUAACAGAGAAGAAAAUUUUUAUUAUGUUAUCAAAUACAUCGAUGAGUUACAAAAAAAUAAAAUAAGUAUAAGUAGGAAGGAUUUUGACACUUAAAAACUAAAGGAUGGGGAACAGAAAUCUUAUGAAACGUUUUCAGAAAAGACUGAACCAUUAAAUUUUAAUUCUGAUGAUGGUAGUCCUGAUGAUAUUACAGAAGAUAUAACAUUUCCUGGGAGUACUAUAAAAGAGCUUAAUAAUAAAAAUAAUGUAUUCUAUAUGUUAAACAAUAGUUAUAUUCGCACUGGCGUGUCAAGUGCUUUAGGCUUUGGAAUAUUUAUUCUUUUAUUCGUUUAUUUUAAGGUAAAAAGGAAUUAUAUUUUA